CGUUAUCACAAUACGCGCACUGAACGGGCGGCGGCGGCUGAUUAAAAACGAUGAACCAAAACAAAUGCGUACGGUGUCGUCCCCUCCAGUCAGCGUUUGCGGCUGCGGUGGCGGAGGUGACUGCGGUAUCAGCCAUGCGAAAGACCGCGGUAGGGGAGAAGUGGGACGGCCCCAUAGAGACGGACAUAUCGCUCUCAGUGUCGCUGGGAUGGGUGAGACGGCAGUUGCGUUAUCCUCCGGGUUUAAAAAUAAAUCGGCCGUGGCUAACGAUAUUUUCGUAGCUUACACUGCCUACGCCUUUACAGAACACAAUAUCCCUCUCCGAUUUGCUUGGUUUUCGACGGUCGCUGCGGCUACCGUUUUUCUCGGAGGUAUUUCAUAGUAUUUUUGUGCGACGACAACAAUAACAGCAGCAGCUGACUGGUGGCGGUGCCUGCGCGUGUGCUCGUGUGACGUGUUUUUACGUCUGUCCGGCUCACUAUUACAGUCACGAUAAUAUUUGUUUAUCUAUUAUACGGAUGCGGUCGAUUACUAAUUACUAUUAUUAUUAAAUAUGUGUCGUGUGACGUAUAAAGGAAUAGAUUAUAGUAUUAUUAAUAUAUAGUAAUUAGUAUAAUAAUAAUAAUAGUUUUUAUCUAUAUUAUAUACAACACAGAGUAAAGAAUAUAAUAUUGUACACACAGAUUAAAACAUAAUAACAUUGGCACGCGGGUUGUCAGCUGUCUGAUAGUUUCGUGAUAACAGUCGACGCCGCCACCGGUUUGUGUACGUUUAGUCAUCCGAUUUUUUGCAUCUACUCCGGCCUGAGUGGUCGGUUUGUCCCCUGCUGUUUUUAUUUUUCCACCCCCUCGCGCGUGACAACCCCCAGUUGUGCGAUCUGCGCGCGUCUUUCGUUGCUGAAGAGGUUGUGUGAUGUCCGACAACAGUGACGGUAACAGAUUGUCUGGAUGCGGCGACGUCUAUCGUUCUACCGUAACAAGUGCGGAGGUCAAUCCGUGGCAACAGUCGACAGCGGAAUACAAAACAUUAGCUGACAAAAGUUCUGAUGACAUUUUAUCUGAAUACUUAAUGUUGGAGUUGGGGCAGAGUAAAAAGGAAAUAUUCAACUUUGUGCAUUUAAGUCAGUCAAUGCGAGUAGCUAACAUCAAUAGUAAGUUAUUGAUUUAAACGUUUAUCAAUAUUAUUACCUUAAAAUGGAUUCAGUUAUCGGUUGUGAACAUUUGGUCCAAAGAAAGAAUGAGGAAUUAUUGAAUAAUUAUCGUAUCGUUCAUUUAAACUUUAUAUCCUGUCAGUCUAAUGACUCAAUACGUGCUAAAAAAAGACUAGCAUUGUGUCAUGAGUGUAAAUUUGAAGGUGCGCGGUUAUUGUCAUGUUUAUACUGUGUGUGUUUUGCAUGUCCUACACACUUUCUUGAACAUUUCAAGAAAACUGAGCAUUGUUUUGGUUUAAACCUAACCUUUAGUCAUAUUUUCUGUGCACACUGUGAUGACUAUACCUAUGAUGGUGAUAUUAUGACUUUAGCAAACACAUUAAAUAAGGAAUUAUAUUGUUAUAAAAAUAAAUCCUUAGAGACAAAAGACAUUGUCUUGCUUAGAAAAAGUAAAGAAAUUGAAUAUAUUGACAGUGUUACUCCAGUUCCGGGAUUCAUCAACUUGGGUAACACAUGUUUUUUAAACAGUGUACUGCAGGUACUAAUGCAUACACCAAUGUUACGAAAUUAUGUUCUUUCUGACCAACAUGUAUGCCCGUUUCUAAAGGAGCCCAGUCGAUGUAUUACAUGUGAAAUUGGCAGAAUAUAUCAGCAAUCCUACAUGUUGCAAGUUAAUGUGAUUAGCUUGCAAAAGUUGUUGAAAAUAUUUUGGGAUAACACUUGGUACAUGGCAUCAGCUUUACAACAUGAUGCACACGAAUGUUUCAUAGCCAUAUUGGAUAUCAUACAUAAACAGGCGAUAAUACAAAAUGAAAAUGACAAAGAUAUAAAACAUCUGGAAAACUGCCAGUGUAUCAUCCAUAAAAUUUUUAAAGGUGUUUUGCAAAGUGACAUUGUUUGCCAGAGCUGUAACAAUGUGUCAUCUAAAAUUGAUAUAAUCAAUGAUAUUCCUAUAUAUUUUUCAAUGGACGAAAAAGGAAAAUAUCCAACGAAUAUAACAUUAAUUGCAUGCUUAGAACAAUUUGGUCAGAUAGAGUUGUUGAACGAUUUAGAUUGCACAAAUUGCCAAACAAAAAAGUUAUCGACCAAACAGCUUAUUUUAAAACAUUUGCCAGUGGUUUUAUGUUUUAUUUUAAAAAGAUUUGGACAGCCAUCAGACAAUGUUUCAAAUAAAAUCACUACAUUUGUUGAAUUCCCAGAAACACUAGAUAUGAACAAAUUUAUAAAGAAAAAAUCUGUGACUGGUAGUGCCUUCAUUGAUGAGUGUUUUGCUUCACGUGAGUCUAUCUACAAACUGUAUGCUGUGAUUUGUCAUGAAGGUCUACUAAACGGAGGACAUUAUUUGUCUUAUAUACAACACAUGGGCCUUUGGUAUCAAUGUAAUGACAAUGUUGUUAGAUUAGUACAAUUUGAAGACAUAUUGAGAAGUCCAGCAUACCUAUUAUUCUACCAUAAAGAGUUUAUGAAUUUCUAUUAAAUUGUUUAGUUUAAUUAAGUGUAAAUAUUUCUAAAUGAAUAAUAAAAUUGUAAAUAAUUUUAAAAUUAAAUAUAAUGUAUAGAUUUAUAACAGCUAAUAUUAGCGUAUGCAUGUUUUAAUUUUAAAUUGGCUUAGUGUUUUUUUAUCUAAAUUUAAGCAACGUUAUGAUUUUUUUCUAUUCCUACCUAAAUAAUAUAAAAACUGAAUAUUUGGUCUCACUUUUUACGUGUAUUUUUGAUUAUAAUAUUAUUGUUCUCUUUUGAAACGAACCAUGUGAUAUUUUUUAUUAUUUUGUGAUAAUUUAUCAAUUUUACUUUUUUUACUUUUGCUAUUUAUGUAUACUAUACUAUAAAGAACAAACUUAAUAGAAUUAAACUUUAAGAGUAAAAGUUUAGGUGAUGGUAUUUUUUUACCUUUAAAAUCAUUUUAGGUUAACGGUAUACCUUCUAUUUAAAGCUUUAUACUAGAAUACUACCUUACUAUAAAAUAAUAAACAUUGUGUUACCCC